AUGAAAGAAUUUGGAGACGGAAUUAAUUUCUCUUUGUUGGAAACUAGAAACGAAACUUUACCUUCAUCAAAUAGCUCUGUUUAUUGUUAUGAAAUAUUAUUCGAAUUGGGAUCUUUGAGUAGGGAUAAUUCGGAAUAUCAGUAUGGCCUCUGUCCAGAUACUUGGGUAACUUUAGGAGUUUCGUCUAGUUUACUACUACUUUAUUUGAUUAUCUUGCUUACAAGCAUUGUAGGAAUUGCAAAAUUUUGGAACGAGGGACAUAUUCGAGCAAGAAGUCCAAUACAAAUGAUCUUGACUCUAACUGCAACCACUAUUUGUGUUGUAUUGGCAUGUUCUAGAAUGAUUGCUGGCAGGAGAUUAUUUCCAUGCGGUUUAUACUUGUUGGGAUGUUUAAUAUUCCCUCAAUUAACGAUUAUUCCAUCAUGCAUUCGAUGUAUAAGAAUGUAUCUCUUGUAUAUCUUAAAUUUGAAAAAGACGAAACUGGUCGAACUCAAACGAACUGCAUCCAUGUAUCUAGGUUCUCGACCCAAAGAUCAUGAAUUCUCAGAACCAAACUCACCAACCUCUCCAGUUCCUCCAACUUUUAGUCCUGAUUUUCAAACCCUCAAUUCGUUAAAUUCCGUUACAACGACCAUUGAUGAGGUAUUUGUUGUGAAUAUUGAGAAUGAAGAUGCUGAUUCAAAGAUUGAGGAUGGUGAUAUGUUUUCUAGUCCAAGAUCAGAUGAUAAAAUGAUAUCGAGUUAUUCCUUGGCAUCACAUCUCACUUCUACAGAAGGUUUUACAAUGGAAGAUAAUGUUAUACGAAAGGUUGAUUCUCCACCUAGGAAAGAUUCCAAGAAGGUAGAUUUUGAGGCUUUCACCAUUGAGUCAACCACAAUCGAUUGUAAGCAAAUGGACAAGAUUGAAAAUCAACUCGAGGAGCAACACUCUGGAGUUUUCGUUCGAAAAUAUCAGAAACACAUCAACAUCCUCUCCUUCAUGGUCAGCUACAAGAUGUCCAUUCCAAUUUACAUUUUCUUUCUUGGAAUGCAUAUUGUCUUGUAUUUCAUUCUGGGUGGAGUUGAAAGCUAUUUCCAAUCAACACAGAAUCAAGAAAUAUUCCUUCGACCUGGUGGAGAUUUUUUCCUGUUCAGUCAUGGGUGUGGAAUGUCCUUGAAUUAUUCCAUUAUUUUGGUCUCACUCAUGGCAAUCUACAUAUUCGCAGAGAUUUGUUGCUUAAUUUUGAGUUUUUUCGGUGAUAAGGACACAUGGAAUAUCAAGAGAGAAACCAUUGCCUUAAUUAUUGUUCAAAUAUUGUGUGCCACGUAUUUUAUUAUUGGAAUGUCAGUGCCAAUACUGAUUGGAAUGGUCGAGUUUUUUGUUCCAUCCUCAAUGGCUUUUGUGGUCAUGUCCAUAUGUGAAGUAUUCAUUACGGUGUUUCUUCCGGUUGUGUACAGUUUCUUACAACAUAUCCGAAAGAAAAAGAGUAGUAUGGAAAAUAAUUCAUCUGAUUUGUGUUUUAUUCUGGCGAGAAAGAGAAGUUUUAAAAUAUUUCUCGACUUUGCACGGAGGAGUUUUUGUCCAGAAGCUGUCAUUUGCUAUGAACACAUUCAACAUUAUAAGAAAUGUUCGAAAAGAAAUCGAAAGAAAGUUGCGAAUAAGAUAUUAGAAACUUAUUUAAGGUUGGGAAGUCCACUCGAGCUCAAUUAUCCCAAUUUACAACGACUUUAUGAUGAUUUGGAGAUUAAAAUCAAUUCGAAUGAAAUACCAGAAAGUAAUUUAUUUGAUCAAGUGGUAUUUCAUUGCCUUCAAGAUAUGAAAGAGUUAUUCGAAAGGUUUAAGAAUCAAAGUAAGGAAGCAAGAGAUAUUCUCGCUGCAAGAAAAAAGACAGAAACUAACAGCAAUUCAAUCACAUAA